GAUGUAUUGUUUGCGUUCAACGCUCAACAUGACUGCUACGCCUGCAAGUGCUCUCUGGCAACAGGAACAGCACCUGUACAGCAAGAACGGCGAGAGACGGCGCAGACGCGACAGGUGAUCAAACAUGUUGGUGACGGCCCCGACGCCGAUCGGUAUAUCCUGAACAUACAUGCUCUUCACAAUGCGGCCUUAAUACGACAGACACUUCCCCGAAGCCUCACGGCGCCAAAGCCGUAUAUACCAAUUCAAGAACGUGUCAAGAAGCACUACGAGAUGGCAGCGAAACUUCAA